AUAGCAACAAGCUGCAGCCACGCUGAGUCUCCAUUUGAGCUUGUGUUGAAAGUUCGGACUUCAAAGUGUACACCAAUUGUUUAAGAAGAGAGCAAGGAGAGAGCGAGAGAGCGAUGUCAACAGCGAGUUUUGAGAUGUGGGAGAUUUGUGACGUUAAGCAUGGAGCGUAUGGAAUGGCCGCAGCCAGCAGUUUUCUGACAGAAGAUCAGCUCCAGUGCUCCAUCUGCCUGGAUGUCUUCACUGAGCCUGUUUCUAUUCCAUGUGGACACAACUUCUGCAAAGCCUGUCUCACCAAACACUGGAAAGACAAAGAGCAAUGUCAGUGUCCACUGUGCAACGAGAAGUUCAACAAAGGGCUCAAACUUCGUGUCAACACCGGAUUCAGGGAGGUUGUGGAGAAUUUUAAGACGCUCCCUGUAACAGCUGAGAAUAAUUCUCCGCUCACACCUGGACAGGUGCCAUGUGAUUAUUGCUCUGGCAAUAAGUUCAGAGCCUCUAAAACCUGUUUAGUCUGUUUGGCUUCUUUCUGCGAGACACAUUUAGAGCCUCAUAAGAGAGUCGCUGCCUUAAAAAGACACAGACUGACUAAUCCUGUGCAUGACCUGGAGGACAAAAUAUGCACAAAACACAACAAAAUUUUAGAGUUCUUCUGCAGGACAGAGCAGACUCGUGUUUGUACCCUGUGUACGGAGCACAGCGCUCACGAUACUGUCCCUUUGGAGGAAGAAUAUGUAGAUAAAAGAGCUCAGAUGGGGAAGGAAAAAUUAGAAGAGCCAGAAAUUAAACAGGAACAAGCACAGAAUUAUCAGAGGAUAAAACUGAAAACACAGAGGAAGAAGAAAAGCAAAGGUAAAGCAAAAGAAAAAGUGCCUAAUCAGAUAAGAGACAGAGAUGGAUAUCUUUUCCUGUAUGAGCUGGAAGACUAA